AUGAAACGUCGAACCAGUAGCAAUAGUAGCAGUAGCAGCAGCAACCUUAAUAGUUUUGGCAGCAACGACAAUAAUGAUAUCAACUUUGACGCAGCACAAUCAACAUCAGUACCUACAUCAAUGGAUAAAGAAUAUUAUCGACAAGUACCAUAUAGAUUUUUUAACAAUGAAUCAGAUACAGAUGCGUGUAAAUUAGAAAAAUUAACGAAUUUAUUUCCUGAUAUGAAAGCAAUUAUUGAAUUAGAAUUAUUUAAAGUGAAUCAUUUAUCAAGUACAAUCGAUCGUCUUUCACGUAUAUAUACAGUUUUACCAGCACUUGAUGUUCGUGAUGAUACACUACAUUUAUUUCUUGGUCCAUAUCAUCUUUCUCUUGGUCCAGCAUUAUUUGCAGCACUUCAUUUUAAAAAUGCUUCAGCAGCAUUAUUGACAGCAUCACGUUCAAUAACAACAGGUAAUAGUGAAAGUCAACGACGUAAACGUCGACGUGAAAUUGUACUUCGUCGAUUUCGACGUGCUGUACGAAAAUUAACUCUUGUUAAAUCAAUUAUUGAUCAACUUCAAUCAGCUUCAAUUCUUACACCAUACAAUCAAUAUGAAUUACAUACACAAGGAAUUUAUGAUCUUGUAUUAGCUGGACAUACACAAUGUUCUGAUUCAACAUUUAUUAAUGAUAAUUUUCUUGAACAAUUACAAACUAUGAAUUCAGUAACAGGUGGUGGAGAACGAAGUCCUUUACUUGCGUCAAAUUAUAUUAAAAUUAAUAAUAUACUUAGUCUAUUAUCUUCACCUCAACAACAACAAGUACAAUCAGUAGAUAAUAGUACGACAAUAGCAACUAGAAAAAUGAUGCGAUUUCCAUCACAUGAAUCAAUUACAAAUGCAACAACUAAUAAUGAUUCUGUUGGUUUAAUAAAUCCUACAACAGUCUGUUGUCAUGUUCAUGAUCAAACACAACCUUAUCUUAUGUUUCCUAUUCGUUCACCAAUGAGUCCUCAACCUAGUCAAAUAUUAUCAUCGGGAAAUCGUUCAAGGCAUAACAGCAAUUCUAAUGUACUUAAGACAUCAUCUACUCUUUCAAGACAAAGUACGGUCAAUAGUUUGCCUGAAUCAACAACUGGUGACAAUUUUAAUUCAGACCAACUAACGUCCAAAUCAUUAUCUACAUCAGCACAAUUAAAUUACGUAGAAACUGAAUUAGAAACACCAACAAAUUUAAUCGUACAACAUCCUUUUGCUCCAUCUCCUCUUUUAUCAUCAUCAUCAUCGACCAUUAAUGAAGACGACGCCCUUAUUAAUCGUAUUUCAUCUCUUUUAACAAGCCACUUGUUAUCGCGUCAAUCAACAUCUACAACAUUGAUAACAUCUAAUAUUUCUCAUGAACACGAGACCAAUUCAAAUUUAAGCGAUAGCGCUAUUUCUCUUUCAACUGGUGGUACAACAGGAGGAAUAAGUAGUGCUAUUAUAGGUAAUCAAUCGUCACCAUCAAUUGUCACCAACGACAUUGAUAAACUUUUACAACGUAUUAAGACAGCUGUUGAUAACAGAUUGUCAAUUGAAAUUAGUAGCAAUAAUCGAAUGCGUCAACCAAAAAACAUACAUCGAAAUUUGUCAUCAAGUCCUAUAAGAACAGCAACAAUUAAUCGUCGUCAACAAUUACUUGCAUUACAUGCUGUAUCAUGUCAAGAUAGUCAUACAGAUGAAUAUGAUGUAGAACAUUCCCCAUCAUUUAAUAAUAAACAUAAAUUGGAUUUUUCAUCUAAAUCACAAUCCUUCGAUGCGACCACCUUAAAUAAUCGCGAUGCGACAACGACAACAACAACUUUAGAUACAAGUAAUAACAUUUACGAAAUGACGACUUUUCAUUCUGAUGAGAAAGGUGUUCAAACCGAUCCUCGUAUUCGACAUGCUCGUUCAAAAUUAUUAGAAACAUUACAAGCAUAUGUAACGGCUGUUAUUCGUUUUCGUCAACAUUUAUUUAAACAAUAUACUCAAUCAAAUACACAUUAUGAACAACAUUAUAAUACAAUGCCUGAAUUACAACAAUAUGAAUAUCGAGAUUUAAUUAAUGUACGAAAAGAAAUUCUUAAUCGUUUCGAAUGGGUUAUUAAUGAACUUGAACAAACAAUUGAAAAUUUACAAGCACGUCGAUUAUCAGUUGCUGAUGCUCAACGAUUUAUUGAUCGGCCAUUAGUUAAAGAAGUAAUUGAAUCAUCUCUCAAUGCCGAUUUACCAUCUGUUGAUGAACAUCAAACUAAUAUAAAUGAUCGACAACGGCCUGUGCCAAGUGAAGAUGAAUGGAGAUCGUAUGCACGUGAUUUACAAGAUACAAAAGAAGAUUUAUAUUUUAUUAAUUCACUUGUUCAUCGUGGGAUCUCCAAAAUCGAUCGAUUGGUAACAUUUACAAAUCUCUAUACAUAG